CGCGCAUGCGCAGUAUGCAGUAGCGCAGAACAGCAGUCGUUGGUCAUUGAAGGAGGUGAGACUUAUAGCAGUUAAAGAUGACAACCUCUUGGAGUGAUCGGCUGCAGAAUUAUGCAGACCUUCCUGCCAACAUGGAUGGUUUAUCCAUGAAGAAGUACAGAAGAGAGGUGCAUCACAGCUUACCACAGGAACUGGCCCACUGUCAUCCUUCUAUGAGAGUUUUUGUCAAUAGAAGUUUGGCAAUGGAGAAGAUAAAAUGCUUUGGCUUUGAUAUGGACUACACUCUAGCAGUGUAUAAGUCUCCGGAGUAUGAAUCUCUUGGCUUCGAUCUGACUGUGGAAAGACUGGUUUCCAUUGGUUACCCACAAGAGCUGCUAAACUUUGUCUAUGACCCUGCUUUUCCCACAAGAGGCUUGGUGUUUGAUACAAUGUAUGGAAACCUGCUGAAAGUAGAUGGGUAUGGAAACAUCCUUGUGUGCGCUCAUGGUUUUAGCUUCCUGCGUGGUCCAGAAAUAAGAGAGCUGUACCCAAACAAAUUCAUUCAGCGUGGAGAUACUGAGCGAUUCUACAUCCUCAACACACUUUUCAACCUCCCAGAGACAUACCUCUUUGCCUGCCUGGUUGACUUCUUUACUAGUUGCUCCAGAUAUAGAAGUUGUGAGAGUGGCUUUAAAGAUGGAGAUCUUUUCAUGUCUUUCAAGAGCAUGUUUCAGGAUGUCAGAGAUGCUGUGGAUUGGGUCCAUUUCAAGGGCUCACUCAAAGAGAAAACCGUUGAAAACCUGGAGAAAUAUGUAGUGAAGGAUGCCAAAUUACCAUUGCUGCUAAGCCGAAUGAACGAAGUUGCCAAAGUGUUCCUUGUUACCAACAGUGACUGCAAAUACACAGAUAAAAUUAUGACAUACUUGUUUGAUUUUCCACAUGGUCCAAAAGCUGGUAUGCCUCAUCGGCCCUGGCAGUCCUACUUUGACCUUAUUCUGGUGGACGCCAGGAAGCCAGUGUUCUUCGGGGAGGGCACAGUCCUGAGACAGGUGGACAUGACCACUGGGAGACUAAAGAUCGGAACAUAUACAGGUCCCUUGCAGCAUGGCAUAGUGUAUUCCGGUGGUUCCUCAGACAUAGUUUGUGACCUGCUGGGAGCAAAAGGAAAGGACAUCUUGUACAUUGGUGACCACAUCUUUGGAGACAUCCUGAAGUCUAAGAAGCGUCAGGGCUGGAGAACGUUCCUGGUGAUUCCUGAGCUGGCUCAGGAGCUGCAUGUGUGGACCGACAAGAGCACACUGUUUGAGGAACUACAGAGUCUGGACGUUUUCCUAUCAGAGCUCUACAAGCAUUUGGACAGCAGCAGCAAUGAGAGACCUGAUAUCAGUUCUAUUCAGAGGAGGAUUAAGAAAGUGACCCAUGACAUGGACAUGUGCUAUGGGAUGAUGGGAAGUCUGUUCCGCAGCGGUUCUCGUCAGACUCUCUUUGCCUCUCAAGUGAUGCGUUAUGCUGACCUAUACGCUGCAUCCUUCAUCAAUCUCCUGUACUAUCCUUUCAGCUACAUGUUCAGAGCUGCCCACGUCCAGAUGCCUCACGAGUCCACGGUGGAGCACACUCACGUGGACAUCCAUGACACGGAGUCGCCCAUGGCCACACGCAACCGCCACUCCAUCGACUUCAGAGACCACGAGUGCAAGAGACACCAGCUGACCCGCUCCAUAAGUGAGAUCAAUCCGCCACACCUCUUCCCCCAGACGCCACAAGAGAUCACGCACUGCCACGAUGAGGAUGACGAUGAGGAGGAGGAGGAGGAGGAAGAAUAAGCCUGUGGCAUUGCUGGAACUGGAUUUGGGUUCUUAGAGAUGUGUGUCUGCUGUUUAAAUAAGUAUAAUCCUUGCAUUCACACUCAGUCAUAUAUUUUAUAGAGAUAAAAGAGAGAAUGUUUAUUUGUUGCAAAGUGUUUAACGUAUUUUAGAAGUAAUGGUCUGAUGAGAGUAUGAAGCUACAACUGGGUUUUGAUAGUUCUAGCUUCUUUUUUUGAAUGGUGUUUACA